AAAUAGUAAAUGCUGUUUCUUUGAUUUGUCGACGCACCGCUUUCGACCUUUUUUUAUUGUGGAUAAUGAAUUUUUCCACUGCUGAGCACCUAGAUUUUCGGCAGUACUGCAUUACAACACAUGGAUCAAUCGAACAUUUGAUACAUAAAGCCGAGAAUGGCGAAAUCGUGGCCCAAGCAGAUUUGGGAAUUGCUUACUCGGAAGGAUUUGGCGAUCUCUUACCUCAAGAUAUCGACGAAGCAAUUCGAUGGCUCAAAACUGCUGUAGACAGCGGUUAUGAAUUUCCAAGUAUCCUUGAAACACUCGGCAAAUUGCUAAAUUUGAAAGGAACGCUACCAAGUCGACGAAAGGCGUACGAGAUGUACCACAGGGGAGCGAAACUUGGGUCUGUAAUUUCCCAGAUCAAUCUAGCAGACAUGUAUCGAUGUGGUGUUGAAGGAGUCGUGAACAGAGACAUCAAAGAAGCUUUCAAAUGGUAUAAAAUAGCGGCUGAUGAAGAUGUGAGUGCUUAUCGAAGUAAUGUGGGGGUCGAUAAAUUGUGUUCUGUAACGAUGACCAUGGGAAACGCCGUCCUUACAAGAUACAAGGCUUUGGAACUUAUAUACAAAUAUUACCUAGAAGGUGAUUGUCCGGAAGGCAAACCACAACCAACGAAAGCCGUUCACUAUUUGACUAGAGCAGCUGAACAGGGUCAUAAUGAGGCACAGCUAAAGCUGGGACAAAUCUACUUGACCGGAAGUUGCGAGCAAGUCAAAGACAUUGCAAGAGCAAAACGAUGGUUCAGAAAAGCUUUAGCAGGUGGCGAUGAAAGGGCAAAACAGGUAAGAUAUGAUGUAUAGGUCGAUUCACUCCCCUCCUCAUCCUCCAGAAACAUCCUUUGUAGACGUAAGUUCACUUUGAUGCAGGGAAUAUUUACGAUAAUUUACUGCCAUCAUCAAGAAUAAUGCAGUUUGUCUUAGUCGUUUAAAAAGCGUAUCAAUACUAUCAAUACAAUCUUAUAUUAUGUCUCCAUAGCAUUCUGAAAGUCACUGUAUUAAUAUUUGCACACUGUGAUCAGGGUCCGGACUAAGGGGGUUGGUUGAGGGGUGGGGGGAGGCAUGGGACCCUAAUUCCUUGUUCACAAAAUCCUGUAGGGGCUUCGCAGGAGACUACGUGUAAUUUAGGUCAUGUAUGUACAUGAGCAUCCUAGAUUACCUGUUCCCUAAGCCAGCCUCAUUUGAGAUUUUCGGAUGUAAAUAAGUUUGUGUAUUUCGCCUUUAUUGCCUUGAUUUCAUGGCCCUAAAAUGCAGGCCCUUUUGUUCACAGCCAAUCGAUUCAGAAUUACACUCCAAAGGGGAAAAAAAGUAUCCUCUAGAACACUUGAAUAUUGAUAAAGUGGGCUGUGGAAAAGUUAAGGUGGAGAAAUUCUGUUUCAUGUAGAAAGCCACGUUUUCACGAGUGGAGAGUAUGAAUGCAAGUGAAGGUCAACAAUUCUUGUGAAUUGAAGGGAGUCAUUUCUCAGAAUGUUCUGAAGCAAUUCCUGGAACUCUACGGUAUAUAAAUUCUGUGUUUUGGCUAAAUUUGUAUUCAACCUGGCUUUGUUGUACAAUGGAACCUCGUUAAUACAGUCACAAUGGGCCAAAAAAAUUGGCCGUAUUAGGGUGGCCAUAUUACAGGGGUAGGCUCAAAUUUCAUGACUUGAGGGCUGUAAUGACAAAUACAAGAAGAAUACACCAUACAUCGCAUUCACCGUACUCACCGUACUCAUUAAUAAACAACCGGAAUGUAGAUACAUGUAUUGCGUACACUAUUUGGAAAAACUUUUUAAAGUUUUUCUUCAAUACAUGAAACUCUUUAAAAGUUCUGCUAUAAAUCGCCACAAGUGCAUUUUCAGUGUACUGUAGUCUAAAAACAGUACAAGGAAAAAUAAGCUUAGAUAACUGGAUAAAUAAAAUUGACAUGUCACAGGCAUUUUAAUUUUCUAAAUUUCAAUCGAGUGGCCGCAUUAAUGGGAUGAAAUUAUAAGGGAUUCUACUGUUUGGUAUUUUAAAAUGUGGCCUUUGGCUGUAUUAAUGGGUGACUGCAUUAAUAGGGUUUUUUUUAUAAGAAAAUGUAUGGUCGUUUUGUGUGGGACGAAAAAAAACUGGCCAUAAUAAUUAGGUGACCGUAUUUAUUGAGGUGGCUGUAAGGCAGGGGUUCUUUUGUAUUUAUUUAAGCUUAAUAGAGAGGAGAAGCGUGACAUCAUGUUACCAUGGUAGCAAAAUUUUGGGAUGACAACAAAAGGGAGCUUAGGCAACCGCGACAGUGAUGGCAACAAGAAUGGCAAAAAAAGUUUAUAUUAGUAGUAAAAUGUUAUAUACACAGCAGAACCAAAAAUUGAAAAUGAUUUGAUACGCUCACGAGUAUAAUGAAGCAGUUUAUUAUCGAACUUGACUGGAAAUUCAAUCUUUCACUCACUUCCGUGCUCUAAACCUUACACCUGUAGACCGUUUUUUCCCUUAAUUUUUAGGGGCUCAAAACAUGGUUCGAGUUAUAGAGGGUAAAAUUAUAUACAUUUAGAGAUGACCUAAGGGGAAACAAAGACUACUUUGAGUUAGCUGGAGGUUGGAGUUACCUAGCCUGGGCUCAAGUUACCGAGGGUAAAAUUACAGUAAAUGUAUGACAGAUGGAAAUCCAGGAGAAAUCAAUUUUGGUUUCAGUUAGUGCGAGGUUGGAGCGAGUGAGGGUUCAAGUUAUUGAGAGUCAACUAUAGUUAUUUGACACUAUUAAUGGCAAAUCAAAAAUAAAAAAGAAACUGCAGCCGAUUCAAACUACAGUAAAAACUGCAUGUAAGAAUCUAUUGAUUUAAGAACCUACAGGCUGAAAUUUGGCAUUUAAAUACCCAAACAUACAAGAGCCUGUUCAGCAUGGCAAAUGAAAAUAGGUUCGUAUAUUAAAAAAGAAUCACUCCAAUUUUGAUGGUCAAAUGCUGGAUUUUAAAUGUGUAAGAAACUUCUGACGAAAAGUUAUUGUGAAUAUGUUUUCUUUGAUUUAACAUUUGUUUGACCACUUUCACUAGAAAUAUAUUUUUCCACAAAGUUACAGUUUGCAAUAUAGAUGAUUUAAAUCUAAAUAUCUUAUAAAUUAAAAUAUUGAUAUGUGUUGAUGUUCUUCUUGGACCUUGCUUGUUUUAUUAUCAACCAUUAUGUAUUAGUAGUGCAAUAUUUCUGUCAAUGGUUACACUGUGACAACCCCUGAAAAAUAAGAACCUAUUAAGAACCUAAUCAGCCUGAAUUGUGAAAAACUACCCUAAACUAUAAGAACCUGUUCAGCCUCACCUCGAAAAUUCUAGGUUCUUAUAUGCGGGUUUUUACUGUACUUGAAAAUAUGCCAUACUUUACUCACAGCACUUCACUUUCCAUUGGAAACUACUAGUUGUAAGUAGUAGAUUGGCUGUUUUGAGUAAAAUGUUGAAUUUAGAUGAGUUUCAAGUCCAUUACUUUUCAUUCCUCAGCAUUAAAAUGGGAGUCGUAGUUCCUCACUACUCACAAACUGAGAGAGAGAGAGGCUUGAUAUGAUAGUGCGUGUCCUGCAGUGCUUGUGACAUAUUGCUCACAUCACCUCUCAUUUCUUCAUCCAGCUUAAAAUUUACCAUCUUUCUUUAUUCAUCACACAAAUGACAAUUCGGGCAUUGCUGAUUGUAGCAGUAUGCAGGACACAUGGCUUACUUGAACCUUGAUAUGGUGCAGCUCGCCACGUGUCCUUCGUAGCUCAGUGGUUUGAGUGUAUGUAUCAAAUAAAUACCAGUGUCUUGGAGCAUCCUGUUUCCUUGUAUAAGUGUAUCAAAGUCAUAUUGCCAACUCAUAUAUAUAUAUAUAUUUUUUUUUUUUUUUUCUUUUUGUCAUUCACUUUUUUUAGCCUAGAACUAUGAUUAGUACGACUAUCUAAUAUAUUUGUUUUAAGAUUUACUGUAGCUCUGCCAUUGAUUUUCCCAUGCGUAUUUUUGAUAACAUUUUGUUCUAAUUAUCUAACUGAUAAGCCCAGUGGCUUCUCUUGGGCUUCCUCGCUAUGAGAGUUUAAAUAAUUAGAUUUUUUUUUGCUUUGUACAACUUAUGGCAAACAAAACAAUAAACAAUAAACAUCUUGUGCUCUCAGGGGAAGGGUCUCAAUGGCACUGCCUACCUUUUCCACUCUAGCUACCAUUGCUUCAGGGUUUUCUCUUACAUAUUUUACUCCUUGUGACUUAGUCUGUUAAUGCCUUAAAGGGAUUUUUAAAUUACUUCUGAAAUUUCUGUAGCUCUUUGUGUUCAUUGUGAAACAGAACAUUAUAUUUUUCUUGCUGGGAGAGGAGGGGUUUCCUCCCCCCUUUCUUGUUACUGCUAACCCCUUGCUGUUUAGACUGUUUAUCCCUGCCUACUUUUCUUUGUGCUUUCCCCACUAUCUGAACACCUGGAACAGGAUUUUCUGGCACUGCAGGACUUGCCUGUGGCUGCAGGAAAGAACAACACCAAAACUAACAGUCUCACUGUCUUAUUCAUACUUAACAAUUAGUGAAUGAGGCUGAGUAUCUUAUGAAGAAUUAUGGAGAUCAAGGAGGGUGUUACCCAAGGCGGAUAACACCCUCCGUGAUCUCUAUAAUUCUUCAUAUGAUACGAAAGCUAAAUUCAAUAAUUAUUUUAAUAUUCAUUCAAAAUAAUUCCUAGUUUAAAAACAUGGCUAAAACAUGCUUACUUCCAUCAAUCGCGAUGUUAAGUUCCUCUUUGUUAGUGCACGUUUAGGGUUGUUCAGCUCAGCAAAUAUUCCCCAAAUAGCAGAUGUCACCCUUGGAGUUGUCUUCUUGCUGUUCUUGCCAUGUUUUUAGCUAUUAUUUCGCCUAGUUCUUACUCUUGAAAUGAGUGAAAUGUCUGCCUUUAAUGUUUGCACCACUAAAACAACUCAACCUCGUCCCCAGGUCUUCUUAGUUGGCUACAUGUUGCUUAACUGUGAAUUUUUGAAAGAAAAAAAAACAACAACAACAAGAAAAUUAAGUCUUACCAGCAAUCCAUUUUAUUUUAAAAUUGUGUGAGACAAAACAACAGUGGCUUCUCCAGUUAAGCUCUUAAUUUAAGGGUUAGGGCAAGCACCUCCAUUACUGCAGAGCAGAGUUUCUAUAGCUACUUCACUUGGAUUUGCUCCUUGGCCGCCUUAGAUGUUAGUUAGAGUUGGAGUAAGGGACGUCUUCCUCUUGCAGUGGCAGACCCAAGGGGAGGGUCCGGGAGUCCCCCCUAUCAGACCUGACGCUUGUUUGAGAUUGAAAUUCUUACAUCGACAGGAUCGUAUAUCACUUUUUUACUGCCUAAUUUUUUUAAUGAAACGCGCGUUGCAUUUUGUCACUAAACUAAAUUCCAGGGACAUUCAGAAAUUUAAUUGGUUUUGGGUACCCUUCUAUGGUCUGAACCAAAGUUUGGACCCCCUAAUAAAAAUUUCCUGGAUCCGCCCCUGUCUUGUACGAUUUAUUCUUAACCUCAGUUAUGUAAAUAAUGGAAAAUUGAGCCUAUACCAAUUAAGAUAUAAUAUAACAACUUUUUGUUGGCCGUCUUCAUUUUAUUGAUAUUAAACAAAAUGGCUGUUCUGUUUCAGCUUCUUAGACAAUGUGAAGAGUCAGGUGCUGGUUCACAGUGUGCUGUUUCACAGCUUACGCCUACUGAAUUAAGUAAAGACUCUGCAAAACAGGCAUUUGAAAUCUUACUGGACAAAGUGACAUGUGAAGCACAGCAACAUCCAUUGACACUUUUUAAGCCUAUGGCCUUUUCAGAAGAAAUGCUAAUUGAGUUUGAUUGGUCCCCAACGGCAAAACAAUAUCUUAAGGCAUUUAAACUGGUGAAAGAAGGCUUUGAAAUCCUUUAUAAGAGUAACUUUACUGAUGGAAAGGGGAUAUCUCUUAUAGCCCAUGGGUUCUUGACAGAAAGUACAAUUUUACAAGGAUUCCCUCAAAGGCAAUUUUUGUGGUCCAGAAUCCAUCAACUUAGUGAUAAGAUCUUGCAAACUAAUCCAAAUUUUUUUGAAGGGGCUCUUUUGUGGUACGCUUUUCAUCCUUUUGAAUCACGAGUUUCAGGGGAAAGUGCUAAAGUUGACUCAAAAAAGGUAGCAUUUCUACUAAACAUGAUUAACUUAAUCAAAAGAGCUGAACCUCACAGCUCUCCUUGCAAAAAUACUUUUGAGUUUGAUAAGAACUACAGUAGCUGGCUUCAUGUCUUAUAUGUGUUUGUGGGAUCAUUUUAUGUAGUUGCUAGUGCAUACCAAGAGGCAGCUGAAGCUGCUGAGAAUUCUCUCAGUUGCUGUCCAGCUUUCUUUGAAGCCAAGAGGUUGCUUGGGUUUUCCUUAAGGGCAAUGUUUUCUUCCAAGUCAAACCCUGAAGAAAAAGAUUCUCGACCAAAUGUAUCCACAGGAUUGAUGCCUACUCAAGCCAGUAACAGACAGACAUCAAAGUAUGCUUCUUGGACAACUCAAAAGUUAAAAAACACUGCGGCAAAGGUGUUAAAGGAGUUUCUUGUUGAGGCCCCACCAUGUGACAGAUUUUACCCAAAUGUUUAUUAUUAUCUGGCGGAUCUUGCAUUUGUUGACAUGGACUUUCAGGAAUUCAAAAAGUAUUAUGAACUUGGCCAAGAUGCCGAAGAAAAACGACUUCCAUUUUUGGAUCCUGUUGAUCUUGCAUUGAAAGAUUGGAUGGCUCCUGUUUAUCAGCUCCUUCCCCAAAUUGGAAGCCUUGUUGCUAGGUGUGGCAAUAAAGCCUGUACUAGGAAAGUCGAGAAAACUGAAUUGAAGUCUUGUGGUGGCUGUGGAAGCCAACAAUACUGUAGCAAGUAGGUAUAAUUGUUAGCCUUACAUUUAAAAAAUCAGUUUUGGGGACCAAAAAAGUCCCGUCGCAUCAAUUUUUUGCAAUUAUUUCAUUUCUAUUUUGGGUACCAACUCCGCAUAAAUUUUCGCGCUACCCUAAAAAGAGCCAUUAGGUCGACCAAACAUGAGAAGAUUGUGUUUUUGAUAGGAUGAAUGACUACUAUGGGUUUUGUGGUGGUAAUGAUGAUGGUGAUGAUGGUGAUGAUGAUGAUGAUGAUGAUGAUGAUGAAGGGGGUGGUGGUGGUGGUGGUGGUAAUGAAGAUGAUGGUAAUGAUGACAGCGAUGGUGAUGAUGAUGAUGGUGGUGGUGGUGGGUGUGAUGAUGAUGAUGAUGAAUAGGGUGGGGGUGGUGGUGAUGAUGAUGGCGAUGGUGAUGAUGAUGAUAGCGAUGGUGAUGAUGAUAGCGGUGGUGAUGAUGGUGGUGGCGAUGGUGAUGAUGGUGGUGGUAAUGGUGAUGGUGGUGGUGAUGAUGAUGAUGAUGAUGAUGAUGAUGAUGAUGAUCAUGAGGGCUUUUGAAAUCAAAAUUAGUUUCUGGAAAGUCCUAGUGAUGUUUCGGUCCCCAAGCAACUAUUAAAAUAAAAACUUUAAGAAUAAAAGUGUGUGUCCUAGGUAAUACACCAAUCCAUUCCGUUUUGUAAACUGAUGUUUUUAUUACAGAGCAUCUGGAAAUUAAUCAACUCUCAUAACUGAAACGUAACAGUUUUGGAAGAGUAACCCUUGAUGUCUUGUCAUCAUUUGCAGAGACUGUCAAAGAGCGGACUGGAAAAAUCACAAAGCUUCUUGCAAAGCACACAGAGGACUCAAGGCAAAAUAUUCUACAUAGAAAACUGUUCUUGUUUUGAGGAUCAUAAGAAUUCCAAACCCUUCGUUCAGGCCCCUUUGUCUUCUAAUGGCGACUGUCCAUUAAACAUAACGACAGCGGCCGUGGUACAUGCUCUGUAUGCUUAUCAGCUAAGUCGUUUUUCUUCUAUCAGGGUUCGUACAGAGUCUUGAAUUCUUGAAAAAGUGUUAAAAUUUGCCCAGCAAUUUUACAGACCUGGAAAAAGUCUGGAAAUUGGAGAUAAAAUCUGGAAAAAAAGGUAAAAAGAGGGCUUUUUUUUUCAAAGCUACAAC